ACACAAGAUGUUAAAGACCAAAACCGUGAAAUCCAACGGCGUUCCAGAGCCCGGCGCGCUGAAGUAAUGAACGAUCUCAAGAAACAGGUGGAAGCCUAUCAGCAGCAGGGUGCAACGGCGUCUUUGGAGAUGCAAAAAGUUGCUCAAGCAGUCGCAUUUGAGAACCGGCGCUUGAGGAAUUUGCUCAAAAUACAUGGAGUAUCACAAGACGAUGUUGAACGAUACAUUGCAAUGCCGUCAGCUCCCCUUUCUGAUACACAGGCCAGUUCACAUGAGCCUGGCUCCCUCAGGUGCAGAGCAUGUGGCAGCACAUCUAUUGUGGCAGAAAAGCUUCCGGUUGCAUUACUAGCUGAUCAAUCCCGUGUGGGUUCAAACAUCUCACAGGAAGAUACUUAUCCACAGCCUUCAACUUCCGUACGAUCCAUGCCGAUUCUACCGGACAAGAACAUCGCAAUAGAGACUGUCCCAACGGCAGAUCAUUCCGACGUUAUGGAAACUUCUUGUGAUACGGCGGCAUCCAUUCUCGUGGAUCUUCAUCACCAUGCAGAUACUCAGCGUGCUCGUGCUGCUCUCGGCUGCAAGGGGCCAAACAGUUGUACUGUCAACAACAUCAAGAUAUUUCAAUUACUAGAA